CCAACUCGCUCCCUCCACACUCAUCACUGGAUCACAUAGAGCAAACACACUCAUCACUUGAUCACUAGCUACCAGCUAUAGCUUAACGCAAUCGAUGGCUCUUGACAAGCAGGCAGUGGUCGCCCUCGCCGUCGUGGUUGCGGCGGCAGCGCUGCUGGCGUCUGAGGCGCCGCGCACGUCGGCAGCGAUCACCUGCGGGCAGGUGGGCUCGGCGCUGAGCUCGUGUAUCCCGUACGCGACGGGGAGGAGCACGCUCACCCCGGGCUGCUGCAGCGGCGUGCGCAGCCUCAACAGCGCGGCGCGCACGGCAGCGGACCGGCAGGCGGCGUGCCGGUGCCUCAAGAGCCUGGCCGGCAGCAUCAGCAAGAUCAACAUGGGCACCGUCUCCGGCAUCCCCGGCAAGUGCGGCGUCUCCGUGCCAUUCCCCAUCAGCAUGUCCACUGACUGCAACAAGAUCAACUAGAUCAAUCCAGUCAGACGUAACGUACUACGUGAUGGAGGCAUGGAGCUAGCUAGCUAGAAAAAUAAAAUAAAGUUGUGGCAGCAGCGUCGUCGUCUACAUUAGGUGUCUUGUGCUCUGUGUACGUGCGCGUGCAUAUACAUGGCUAUAUGCAUAUGUGCUACACUGCUAGCUAGCUUUCUCUGAUGUAUGUGUGAACUGUUGUUACUACUCCUAUAUUGUUCAGUGUGGCUUUGACCUACUUAUUGGGACUAUUAAUCGUUUUGUUGUAUUGCUGUA